UUCUUAUUGCUCUCAAUUGGAUUUAUAUUUAACAAUUAUGUAUAGUGGUCAAUCAUCCCAGCAAAAUACUGGGCAAAUUUACGAAAAUAUGCAUUUUAACAUGUAUUAUCCAACAAUUCAACAACCAUUUGCAUAUAAUGCAAAUUACAGCAAAAAUAUGUAUUAUAAUAUUUAUCCAAGCCAUGUAACAUGUGAUAACACUACAGUUAAUAACGCGACAUUAGUAGAUAGAAUAAGAACACGACAAGAAGAUGAAAAAGCCAUUGAACAAUUCCUCCAAGAUAUAGAAUCACAAAUUUCAAUCAAAAGCAAACAGAAAAAUCCAUUUAAAAUUGCGACUAUUAAGAGUGCAUUAAUAUCGGUGACUAAAUUAAAUAAGCAGCUUGAGAUUGUUUGCGCGGAACUUGAAGAUAACAUUAAUUUAUCAGAAAUGCAAUGGCAGGAAAAAGUCAGUGCCUGUAAUGCUGUAAAGCAUGAAAUUUGUGAAAUAUUGAAAACUAUAAAAGAUGCAGAUUUUCUAAAUAAAGUUAAGAAUGAUCUAAAGAAACGCAAGAAGAAACGUAUAAGGGAACAGCGUAGAAAGGAGGAAUGGAAAAAGGAAAAAUCAAUGAAAGAAGAAAGAAGAGCAAGAUUACACGCAGAGGCUGAUUCGUGGAUUCGAAAGGAACAAGCAGUAAUCGAACAAGAGAAACAAGAGAAAAAUUUGCUCAGAGACGCGGAUUUGAUUUUGUCCAACGUUCGCAGUAAAAGAAACGAUGCCCGAAAAUAUUUAGGAAUUUUGCAAGAAUUGCAAAACUUACGAAACAUCAAGGUGACAAUUGCUCGAGCAAGAGGCGAAAAAUUAUCCUCUGCAACUGACGAAACAUUCAAGCAUGACAUCGCAAAAAUAACAGAACAUUGGACUACUUUGGAUCGUGAAUAUGCAACAGAAGAACAAGAAUUGAAAUUAAUGCUGAAAACAGAUAAUGAGGAAAGAAUUGAAAAAGAAACAAAAAAUUUAUUUGCUGAUUGGGAAAAUGUGCUAUUCGGAAUAAAUAUAUUGGCUGCUGAUCAAUCUCACAAAGAUUUAGAUAGUUUUAUCUUGAUUCGUACGGCUUGGGAUAGAUUUAUAAGUUCUGAAAACGAUGCAACAACGAUACCGAUUGGAUGGAUAGUGCCUGAAAAACCAUCUUCUGCCGCGUGGCAAAAAUGCCUCAAUAAGGAUACAUCUUAAAAUAAACGAAUGAUGCGUUAAUGUAAGUUUAAGAAAUAAACAAUUUGAUAUGCUAUUAAAAUUAAGAGCCCUAUAUGAUUUAAAUAAAAAUUAUC